AUGCGAUUCUACCUCGCUCUUGCUUUUAUCACCACCGUUUCCGCCAAAGUCUGCGCACCUGAAGGCUGCCUUCCAGGCAUCUCCAAUUCUCAGCUUCUCGCCGGCGACGGCACAACAUUCCUCACACCGGGUGUCCACCGUCUUGCUCUCGACCCCGUCCCGCUGGUGAACCAGACCAUCCUGACGACUUCAGACAGUGUGACGGUCUUCGCACCGUCCCAACCUCUCACUUUCCCACGGCUUUUUUACGCUGGUAUACCGGGUGCGGACGCGUGGGAAAGCCUCUACCUCCCACCUGGGUGGUAUGCGUCGAUAGGGAAGUAUGCGCUCUGGGGCGCCGUGCCGGACCGCGCCGCGCUGGUCGCUGGCGACUACGACAUUGAUGGGUUUGGCAACGCUCUAUGCUUCCCGCCGUGCUCUCACGGCACAUGCGUCUCCACAACAGACGACGGUGCCAGAUGUGUCUGCGACUCCGGGUGGAGUGGCGCUGCCUGUGACGAUUGCACCGAGAACCACCAUGGACCUACUUGCCAACCCUGCCGUGACAACUGCACACGCUGCGACGACGGUCUGGGUGGAUCGGGAUACUGUCGCGGUUCGGUAGGGCCGGAAGCAUGCAAUUGCGCUCACGGCUCAUGUGACCCAGAUGGCAAGUGCACCUGUGCAGCCGGGUGGCACACUAUCCCAUCUGAGAGUAUACAAUGCAACACUUGCGCUCCAGGCUUCUACCUCACCACAGAGGGCGACUGUGCCGCCUGCCCAGCGGGCUGCACAGCCUGUGCGCUCUCCAGCACGGCCUCGGAGGCAGAAUGCACGUCCUGCGCACCGAACAUGAACCUGAGCUCCGCCGUUCCCGCACGAUGCGAAGCCCUCUCCCCCUGCGCCGCACGAGAGUACUACGACCUCUCCACCGGCUCCUGCCUCCCCUGCUCGGAGAUCUGCGAGUCAUGUACCGGCCCAACCUUCAACGAAUGCACGACGUGCGCGCUACCCCGAGCAAUGCUGCGCGGCCGAUGCGAAUACAUGGCCGCCACGACCGGCGUGUGCGACAGCAGCCUCACAUCACUUGACGGCACGUUUGUGCGGUCCGCCGAAAAGGGGGUUUGCGACUCCUGCCCCACCUCAUGCAAGAGCUGCCACUUACCCGAGUGGAAUGUCGCCGAGCCGUGGAGCCGCAUCGCAUGCACGGCGUGUCACGACGGGUUCGUUCUCCAAGAUAACCGGUGUCUGAGCGAGUGCUCACCGGGCACGUUCUGGUCCUCGACAGCCAACGGCACGGCGUGCCAGCCCUGUGACGCCAGUUGCGCCGCCUGCAUCGGCACCGCAACGCACUGCACAUCCUGCCCCUCCGGCGCGGCGUGGAACGGCACCUGCGUCGCCGCGUGCCCAGAGGCCACGCUGCUUGUCAACGGCACCUGCCUCGCGUGCCACCCGGACUGUGCGACGUGCACAUCCCCCGCCGCCAACAGCUGCCUCACAUGCCCGCCACACCGCCCCGUCCUCGCAACCGGCCGCUGCGUGCCCUUCUGUGCUGCCGGCACCGUUGUCGACUCGGACGCGGGCACCUGCCGCCCCUGCGCGGCGCACUGUACAUCGUGCCUCCCCGAAAGCUGCACGGCAUGCGCGGACGGCUUCGUCCUGGCCGGAGGCGAGUGCUCGCGCGCUACAUGCGACGGGCCGUAUGCCCCAGACCUCGGUGUAUGCCUCUCCGCCCUCGUCGCCUCUACGACGGAGCGCAAAAGUCGGGCCUGGGCUGCGGGCGUCGGCGCCGGCGUAGGCGUGACCGGCGCCCUUGCCCUCGCUGUCGCACUCUAUAUCCGUCGCGAGCGCCGCCGUACGCGCGCCGCAACGGCCGCAUUCGCGCGCCAGAUGGACGAGCAGGGUGUGCGGGCCCGCCUCGCCCGCUUGUUCGGGUACAAUGCCCCGCGCGGCGCGCGCUUGCGUGAGCUCGUCCUCCGUCCGCGCGCGGCGCGGCCGCGCGAGCAGGAUCAGACCCCACGCGCAAAGAUCUCAGUCUUGCACGAGCAGUGGAUGUCCCCGCCCCCGCCGUAUGCGCCGCCGACGCGCCCCGCGUCCCCAGACUUUGUCGACAUCCCCCUCGAGCCGCUCAGCCUCCCACCCCCGCCCCGCGCGUCGCCCGGCCGCAUCCGCAUCCCCGACCUCAACUCCACCGUACGCGCUGGCUUUGCCGAUGCCGUGCCUCUCUCGCCCGAGGCAGUCCGGGAGCUGGGCGAGCUGUGGCCCCACCUCGGGCGGCGAUACAGCCACAGCAAUGUGUAGAACGGAUUAGCACAUGUCGCAUUAUGAAGUUACAGGAAACAAUGUGCAGUCACUCUGCACCCACGUCUUCAGCCCACUCGAGCAUGGCUGUUGAAGGGAAGCCUUCGAAGAGAGCGUUGGUCUGGGAAGGGUCAAUAAAGUGUACAAGUAGUGAACCCGGACAUACCUUGCCCAACUCGAGCACCGCGUCGGACACGCCGUUGUCCAGGGAUGCGAGUUGAUCGCGUUUCGCGUGCACGCGCUUCAGGCGUUCGCCGCACUCCUUUGUGAGCUGCUGUCAGCUAUCCGUUUCCACAAGGGUACUCACCGAGAGGUAUUCCUCGCGCAGCAUGCGCCACGACUCAUCGUAUACGCCGAGGUUGCACGCCGUACUCAGCAC